AUGUUGAUCUUGAAACCAGACUCAGACCCACAUACAAACUCAACCCACACCCAGACUCAGGCUCAGACCCAGAUCCAGGCACAGAACCAGACCAAGACCCAGAUUCAAGCUCAGAACCAAAUCCAGGCACAGAACCAGACCAAGACCCAGACUCAGGCUCAGAUCCAGGCACAGAACCAGACCAAGACCCAGACUCAGACACAGACACAGAUCCAGGCACAGAACCAGACCAAGACCAAGACUCAGACGCAGAUCCAGGCACAGAACCAGACCCAGAUCCAGGCACAGAACCAGACCCAGACCCAGAUCCAGGCACAGAACCAGACCCAGACCCAGAUCCAGGCACAGAACCAGACCAAGACCCAGACUCAGAUGCAGAUCCAGGCACAGAACCAGACCAAGACCCAGAUCCAGGCACAGAGAACCAGACCAAGACCCAGACUCAGAUAUCCAGGCACAGAACCAGACCAAGACCCAGACUCAGGCUCAGAUCCAGGCACAGAACCAGACCAAGACCCAGAUAUAGGCACAGAACCAGACCAAGACCCAGACUCAGACGCAGAUCCAGGCACAGAACCAGACCAAGACCCAGACUCAGACGCAGAUCCAGGCACAGAACCAGACCAAGACCCAGACUCAGACGCAGAUCCAGGCACAGAACCAGACCAAGACCCAGAUCCAGGCACAGAACCAGACCAAGACCCAGACUCAGAUGCAGAUCCAGGCACAGAACCAGACCCAGACCUAGAUCCAGGCACAGAACCAGACCAAGACCCAGACUCAGAUGCAGAUCCAGGCACAGAACCAGACCUAGACUCAGGCUCAGAUCCAGGCACAGAACCAGACCAAGACCCAGACUCAGAUGCCAACCCAGAUCCAGGCACAGAACCAGACCAAGACCCAGAUCCAGGCACAGAACCAGACCAAGACCCAGAUCCAGGCACAGAACCAGACCAAGACCCAGAUCCAGGCACAGAACCAGACCCAGACUCAGGCUCAGAUCCAGGCACAGAACUAGACCAAGACCUAGACUCAGAUGCAGACCCAGAUCCAGGCACAGAACCAGACCAAGACCCAGACUCAGGCUCAGAUCCAGGCACAGAACCAGACCAAGACCCAGACUCAGACGCAGAUCCAGGCACAGAACCAGACCAAGACCCAGAUCCAGGCACAGAACCAGACCAAGACCCAGAUCCAGGCUCAGACCCAGACCCAGACUCAGGUUCAAACUCAGACCCAGACUCAUACUCAGUCUCAGAACCAGAACCAGACCCAGACUCAGUCCCAGACCCAGGCACAUACCCAGCCUCAGUCCUAGACCCAGAUCCAGCACAGACUCAGAUCCAUACACAGACUCAUACUCACACUCAGACCCAGACCCAGUCCCAGACCCAGACCCAGGCACAGGCCCAGCCUCAGUCCUAG